AUGACCACGGAAGCACCACCAAACUAUCUCCGCGUCUCCACCAGAGACGAGGAGGAUUUAGAUUUGCCAAGUCAAGCCCACCUACACGAGAUCGGCGGCGAGAAUCCUACGAGCAUCGCGCAAGCGAUAGAUGUUCCUCCGACCGCGGUAACCCCUCCCUCAUCCCCUCCUACAAGAACGCACACUGGAGAGCUGUCCAUCAGUACCCUCACCGAAUCUCGUUCCGAUUCGGAACCCUUGCCUCAGUCCCAUGCGCGGCCUUCGGAGCAAGUGCGUGAUGGAAGGAGGCACUCGUCUCUGAGCGCCUUGAAACGACGUCUGCAAAGUUCUUUCGACCCCUCCCUGCACGAAUUGUUAGAGAAGAGCGGCCCCGAUCCAAGCAGUCUGCGACAGUAUAGCCGGAAAAGGCAACGCCAACGGCUAUGGCGCUUGACGAUCGGUGAAUUCUUCAACACGGUCGCCCUUUGCCUGGCUUACUUUGGUAUUCUAUACGCAUACGGCGGAAAGAGCCGAAUCAGCGUGCGCGAGCGUCGGAUAUUCAAUGCCUUAGUCACAGGCGUCAGUCUCCUGCUCGGUGUGAACCUGGCGGCGUCGUUACGAAGUUACGCAAAGUUGUUGAGAUGGCGAAUUCUGGCGAUCUGUUAUCGGCCACUCGAGACUUUCGACCUCGUCAUGGGUUGCGACAGCUUGAUCAAUGUGAUGAAGCUUCUGUUGAAAGCGCGCAACCACAGAAAUAAGUUCUUGCCAUCCAGAACGCAGAUUAUCUGUUUCGCAUGGUUACUGGUCCACUUUGCUAUAACGAUUUUGGUCGGUAUCGUCGGUCUGAAUUACAAUCUGGAUGAUUCAACGUCGGCCCUGUUCGUACGCAAGGGCAAUGUCAGCAUAGUGGACCUGAAUGCAUUGUCCACCGGGUUCUAUGCUUACGACCUAGCUCAAGUCCAGCAAUGGGGAAUUCGAGGCGUGGUCAUUGACCCGUUGGACAUCACCGUGGAGUCGGAGUCUAUACAGAGCUUCUUCUCCGACACCACCGGAAACACCCUCUACUAUUUUCAGGAUCAGAAUGCGGAUGAACCGACUCGGAUCAUUCUUUCGAGUCGGUGGAUCCAGUCUCAAGCGUAUUGCACCGGCUAUAUCGUGACGGAAGGGCAGUACGGUAACCUCUCGUACAUCAUCUACAACGACGGCGAGCACGGUGUCAACCAAACCAUGCCAGCUCUGGCUGGUCCGGGCGGUCUCUUAGUCAUGUCUCAGCUCAACUCGACCUGCGGGGAACGAUGCGUCGACAUGCAGGCUUUCCAAGCAGCGACGUUUCCCGGCGAGUCCGACUACGACGUGGGCUAUACAAUCCCAGAAGGCACUUACUUUGUCUGCAGCAAUACGGUGCCUCAAGUUGGAGAUGACGAGAACCCUCACCUGAGCCGUGACUUCUUGGUCGAUGCCAUCGUGAGCCAAAUGUUGGCCGGAAGCCUGGGAUGGAGCGAUGUCCCACCUGUCUUCAACGGCACAGCGGAAUACGCAGUCUACACGAAUUCAUCCCGGGUCAGCUUUGGCGGCCAACCGGUCGACACGGACAUGGCUGCACUUAUCUCAGACUUCACGAUGGGGGCGAUCGCGAUCAUGGAUGGCUCGAAUCUCAUGUACAGGCGGAACGUGACCAGUGACGAGCAGCCGUACGUCGCGCAGGUGCUCAAGGUGAAAUGGAAAUACGCGGGCAGCAUCCUUGGAGUAAUCCCAUUCAUCCACUUUCUGACCCUGGCCCAAGUCAUUCUCUGGGCCAACAAGGCCAUCAUCAAGGACGACAGCCACCUCGCCAUUGCCAAGGUAUAUCACACCUUCUUGAGUCGACUGGGCGACCGCGGCUGCCUGUUGCGCGGUGACGAAAUCGUCGCCUUCCUGGAGAAUCCGAGCGUCGCCUAUGGCUGGCGCCAGAGCGUGGAACCGGACGGCGCGGGCUUAAUGCACGUUGACGUGUUUGACCGUGGGCAAGGUCUUCUGAGGGAAGAGCGUCCUUUCCAAGAAGGAUGGUACGAUGGCGGCGGCGGAAGUGAGGGCAAUCACCCUGCCGAGGAGUCCGAAGCACAAUGCAGCUUGCGGAGACGAUAUCGGGACUUUGAUGCAGCGCAAUACUUCUAG